ACUCAGUAGCAUCCGACCACUGACUCACCACGCAAAUCAUAGAAAGAAAAACCGAAGCUCACCCAAGAGUAUGCUCAGCCCAGAGGAGACUUUGCGGUUCGAUAGAGCGAUGUAUCGCUAUUGGCUCUGGCUGGAAAUGUCCGACCAAGGAACCAUCUGGAAGGAGACGGCCAAGAGCACUGAAAGCGAUGACGAGGACGACGAUGACGACGAUGACGACGAGCCGGAGCCUGUGCUCUGCGACAGUUUUCUGCGCCUCUUGAGCUCCCUUCCAUCGGUGGAGUUGUGCGAGAUACUGGACGUCGGCGCAUUCGCCGAGGACACAAGCCUGUGGUCAGGGAAACGGUCGACCGCUGUCUCCUUUGUCGCGAACGCGGACCCAGCCGCUUUAGCAAUCAGCUUGGAGAAUGGGGGAUUCGACGCCGAAACCAUGGUCUACAGGAAUUGGGAGCCGGUCCGCCGCUGUAUCAAGGACGUGUUACAAUCGCGUCAAGUGGAGUUCGAUGAGUUGGACGACAAGACGCCCAGCGCGAUCGUGACGGCGCCUGUAGGCGCAGAGGACAAAUGUUCUCGUUGUGAAUCUGUCGGCGGGCUAAGCCUACUAGGCGUGAAUAAUAUGAUUCUUCUCUCCGGUCUGCUGCCCGUCCACGAAAGGACGUGGCUGCUGCCCGGCGUCCUGCACCGAAAUCGGGAAGAACGCAAACUCAUCACGGCGCAUCUCUCCGAUACUCAAAACCCGAUCUCGGAGAAGGACAUCUUCAGGGAGAUGGUCGAACUAGAUAUUGCGUCGACAGUCUUAGACACUUAUCCCGAAGAGCACUGGUCGACAGACGAAUGGUACUGCCUCGCUUGCAUCAAAGAUCUGUACCGGCAACGCUUCUUACCAUGGUGGAGGAAGACUAAGGAAAGCGCACACGGUGCGACAGCGCAAGAAGACUGUUGGUAUGGCUACAAUUGCCGGACAAUGACCCACAAGAAUGCCCACGCCUUGAAACUGAACCACCUCUGCAAACCGACUCGAGGAGACCAAACGAGCCUUGACCCUGCAGUGGUCAAUGCUGUGCUCAUGUGAACGUUGAGCGAUAUCUGAAAUUCUUCCUACAUCUAUGAGUAAUAGGCCGAUGCACCCAUGGUCUCCUGUUGUCUCCUAGGGCGGUCGAUGUGAAGUACUGUGCACCAUACG